GCAAAUUUGCGUUCUAUUCAUCUUCACAGGAGUGAACCAAGCUUUGGUAUCAUCCGCCCAUCUAGCUAUAUACUGGACAGCGACCGCACACACCUGUUAGCGGAGAGAAUGGACUAGGAUAAACUAGCCGACAGUACAGCACAAUGUGUCUAACUUAACUGUUAACUGGGUGGGGACACGGCACUGGCACAGCGUUUGUAAAGUAAAUAUAGCAACGUUACUAUCAUACGCAACAGCUAGCGUUAACUAACGUUAGCUAGCUAGCUAGUAGAUGAAGUUAGCUAACGUGAAGUGAUGCCAGUAACGUUAAUGUCUCUGGUUUUGAAAAUAACGUUUGCCUUUAUGUUGUAACGUUACUUAAGUCAAUUUAGCCAACGUUAGUGUAAGGUUAGCUAACGGUAGCUCCAAUAGUACGUCAGUUUUUUGUUUUUGUUUUAAUAAUUUGCUCGAUGUGAAUCAGAGAGGUUAUCUAGCUUGGUAAGGUAGAGUCGGGGGGCUAUCCCGUGUAACAAGCCGAACCUAAAAACGUUAAAUUAGGUCACAUUUACUUUGGUUAACUUUCCCUCUAAUAUCUGACGGGAAACGCCCGUAGUUAGUCCAGAUAGCGUUUACAAAAUAAAUAACGUUACAUAUGUUGUUUAACUAAACGUUUGUUCAGGAAGUCAAACUGUAGGCUGGUCAAAAGUAACAUCAUUAGCAGUUAUUUUCCGGUCAGUAAGCUCUAGCUACGGAGAAAGACGGUUAGCUAACAUUAGUAACGUAUCAUUUGUAGCCCUGAGAAAAGUGUCACAGUUGGGGUGUCCACAAGUGAGCAUGGCUCCCAAAAAGAGACCAGUGCCAGGCCCCUUAAAUAUUGCUCCUGCUGGCGAUGGACUAUCGACCUCCAUCAACACUGAUGUUACAUCUGAGGCCAAUUUAGAGGCACUUAAAAGAAUACUGGAAGAGUUGGACCUGGAUGAACAGCAGAAGAAAAGAUUGGAAGCUUUCCUUAGCCAGAAGGCCAAGGUGGGCGAGUUGAGAGAUGAUGACUUUCAUCGGGUCUGUGAGCUGGGUGCAGGCAAUGGAGGAGUUGUCACUAAGGAAUGCCACAAAUCUUCAGGAAUAAUCAUGGCCAGAAAGCUCAUUCAUCUUGAAAUCAAAGCUGCUAUCAGAAACCAGAUCAUCCGUGAACUCCAGGUGCUCCAUGAGUGUAACUCUCCCUACAUUGUGGGCUUCUAUGGAGCAUUUUACAGCGAUGGAGAGAUCAGCAUUUGCAUGGAACACAUGGAUGGUGGAUCUCUGGACCAGGUGCUGAAGGAAGCUAAGAGAAUCCCGGAAGAGAUUCUGGGCAAAGUCAGCAUUGCUGUUUUGAGAGGCCUUGCGUACCUAAGAGAAAAACACCAAAUCAUGCAUAGAGACGUGAAGCCUUCAAACAUACUGGUGAACUCUCGCGGGGAGAUCAAGUUGUGUGACUUCGGUGUAAGCGGCCAGCUCAUAGACUCUAUGGCCAACUCCUUUGUUGGGACCCGAUCCUAUAUGUCGCCUGAGAGAUUGCAGGGGACCCACUAUUCCGUGCAGUCAGAUGUGUGGAGUAUGGGGCUGUCCCUUGUGGAGCUGUCAAUCGGACGCUUCCCCAUCCCUCCUCCGGAUGCUAAAGAACUGGAGGCCAUAUUUGGACGUCCCAUCUUGGGUGGUGGGGAAGGAGAGAUGCUCAGCACUUCACCCAGACCUAGGCCACCGGGUAGACCUGUCAGCAGUCAUGGUCCUGCAAUGGCCAUCUUUGAGCUCCUAGACUACAUAGUGAAUGAGCCCCCUCCUAAACUACCACAUGGUGUCUUCACCUCUGAUUUCCAGGACUUUGUGACUAAGUGUCUCAUCAAAAAUCCGGCAGACAGGGCUGACUUGAAAAUGUUGAUGAACCACAUGUUUAUCAAGAGGUCUGAGGUGGAGGAGGUAGACUUCGCUGGCUGGCUUUGUAAAACCAUGGGACUGAAGCAGCCUAGCACUCCCACGUGCACUGCAGACUAAACCCACUCCCGCACACAGUAUGUACCUGUACAAACAUGGAGAAGCUGCUGCCUACAACUUUACGCCCACCUUUACUGCCACGUCCUCCCGCAGGCGAACCUCUGAAGUCUCAAUCCAUGAAGUGAACUCUACGGACAUUUAAGCCAACAAAGAUUCUGUAUCUACAGCACGAGUAUGUCAGUUAUUCCAAAUGUUGCCACGUUCAUGAUCCAACUCUUUGUUUGUUCAAUGACCGUCCGACCGGGAGAUCGGGUGAGUGCGGCGUACCUGCUGCUGGUGUCGGCCGGGUCGGCCAGCUCACCUGCUGCCGCCCUCUCAGCUGGACCGGCUCGCUCUUCUGUCCUCGUCACUCUGUAACAGUCAUUUUGGUGUUCGUUGAAUACACGUUGACAAACUCAACAUUCAAGGAGAGACGGACAUCUGUCAAUGAAUUCAGGAGAAGCUGAACUGUCCAGGCGGUCUCUCUCCCUCGGCCUCGCCCCCAGACUGAUAGACCAGCUCUGUUUCAGUUGAGCUUUAAGCCCUGACGCCGGCAGGCCGCACCCAGUCGCUCAAUGAACAAAGAGCUGAAUUAUGAACGUGACAAUGUGUACAGGCAGACACAUAUAUGAUUUCCCCCCCCUUGUGUUAUGCAAAAACAUUUAGAGAUGUGAGAAUAUGUUUAUAUUACUAAACGGGUUGGGUUAUGUGUGUCUGUGUUAGCAAGAGAUGAUUGACUCUAGGAUGUUUUUUGCAUUUAGUGAUGGGACUGAUUUCUACAAAUUUUGAGGUGAUGCACCAUGUUUAAAAGAUUUUGGCAUGACUCAUGUCAAAACCAAAAAGAGUUGCAACCUUAAAUGCACCUUCUGCUUCUUUGUAUGUUGGGGGUUGUUAUAUGAAAGCAGCGACCUCAGUUUGUUGUGGUUCCAUUAGCUUCAGAUUAGCUACACUGGGGCGGAGGCUGCCUUUGAAAAUACUAGUGAUUCAUCCCUGGAUGGUACCUGCUGUAACAAGACUGCUUUCAUCUCUUGAACAAGCUGCAUCGCAACUCGCUGGGCACUCUUAGCAGAAAAUAAAGGUUGUUUCUUUGUAUUCGGUGUGAUGUAAACAACAGGACGUGGAUUUGCCAUUGAAGUGCAUCCUGUGUUGCGGCAGGAUUAGGGCAUUCCGCUCCUUUGUUUUUGUUCGAUUUGUGUACUUCCCCCUUUACGUCACGGUUAAAAGAUAUAGAUGUUUUUUAUUGUAAAAUCAUCAAAAGCUUUGUCUUUAUAAAGUCAGAAUUGUCAAUAAAUAGUAUCUAUUGUAA